AUGAAAAAAUCAUUAAUACAGAUCUCAACACUCCUAACUUUGAUUACCUUGUCUCAAGCUACUAUAAGAUAGAGAAUAGAGCAAUUUUCAUUUGAAAGUCAAUACGGUGAAUAUCCUUUGGCUUAUCUAACGUUCGGUUCAUCGAUUAACUUAGAAAGAAGAGUUAAGCUGAUUCCUCCUAUUAAAAGCUAGAAUGGAGCUAUAUUCCUUAAUCAGCCAGUUGCCUCUCCUGAUUUUGAGUUGUUUAUGCAGUUUAAUAUUAAUGACUUGAAGUCUCAGGAUGAAAAAAACCCUACGGGAUUUGGACUUUGGUAUCUUCAUAACAAGCCUAAAUUUCCAGAUACAUUUGGCCCAAUCUAUGGAAUUACAUUUGAGCAUUUAGGACAAGGAGAAUUCGGAUGCUAAUUAGAAAAUUUUAAAGAGGGGAAAAUUCUCAUAAAUCUGAGAGUAGUUAUGGGACAGGUUGAAAUCAAGUAUGUUGUCAACCCCUAAACAGAGAGUGACUUAGAUUAGUCUAAGGAAUGCAUGAAGAACUACUUCCCAUAGGCUUUUAACUUUCAAGGUUUCUUGGGAAUAACUGCUUCAAAUAAACUUAUACCUGUAAAUGAUAUAGAUUUGACAAUGAUUGACUUCAUUAAUCUAAAUGCAGAUUACUAUAAAGACACUUAGCAUCUUGAAAAGAGAGAUUUUUUUAGGGUUAAUGCCAGACGAUCGGUAGAGAAUAUCGUCAAAUCAGCUGGUGGAGAUAAUGAUGGUCCAGUAUAUUAAUCUGAUGAGGAAACAGUAGGAAGACUCAGAGUUAGUGACUUGAAAUAAAAAGCGGUCGAUCUUUUUGAAUAUCGAAGAGUGAGAGAGCAUGUCGUUAUGAAAGAGCUGAUCAGAGAUAUGUCUAAUGUUAAAUCGAGUGAUAGUGCUGAGGAAUAAGUAUUUAAAAUGUUUGAGCAAGUUUAGAGCUAUAACGUCUAGCUUUAGGAUCUGGUCAAGUUUUAAAAAGAGCUUAAACAGGAUCUAUCUGACCUUAAGGUGUAAGUUCAAUUAGAGGGAAUUAAUAAUCAAUUUAGUAAUUUAUUGAGAGAUACAGAUUUUUAAGACAUGAAAAAGGAGUUAGAAUACUCUGAGCACACAAUUUAUGAAAUUUCUCAGAAGGUCGCAAAUAUUCAUAGAGAUUUAGUUAGAGUUAUAGACAUCUCUUAUAAUCUACUUCAGGCAAGAACAAAUACCAUUGGACAAAUUGAAUAUUUUAUGCCACCUAGGAUCAUAGAAUAAGUAGCUAAGAUUCAACAAGAGAUCGCCAAGAUUGACAUCUAGUUCAAUAAAAUCAACAAAGCAAGAUCACUUUGUAAUCAGGCUUUGGAAAAAUAUCUCUAGACCUUUAUCCAAUAGUACACUGCAGCCUAAGAAGAUGAGCACUGUUUAAAGCGUAUUGACAUUCUUGGCUUGUUUUUCAGUAUUCUUGGUUUGGGUUAAACUUAGAUCUCUCAGGAAGCAGUUCUUGAUUUGAAUGAGAUGUCUUGCUAAAGCUAAAAGUAUAAAGUGAACAAGGACAUCGUAAUAAAGAACUACCAACUAUUCGAGGGCACUCACAAAUUCUAUUUCGGGGGAAGACUAAUGGUUGGCCCUAAGAUCAGAAAUUUUAUUUGCACUGCAAUUCUCAUUAACUUGCCUAACAUGCUCAACUUUGCAUUUACUCAAAUUGGCUAUGCAAUUGAUGAUUCUGACCCAGUGCUCAUAAUAUUAGGAGUCAUAUUUUGGCUAAGCACCAACCUGUUUUUAUUUAAAACAGCUUUUGGUGAUCCAGGAUUUAUUCCUAGACAACCAGAGACGCCGUUUAUUCAAAUCAAUAAAAAUGAGUUCAGAAAUUACUAUAUCAGAGGGGGAAUUAGAGGCUCCCAGCAUUCUCUUGUCAAAUUAAAGUACUGCCAAACAUGUAUUUAAUUCUAUAAGCAAUAUAAAUUAUUUAGGUUCAAUAUACAGGCCGCCAAGAACAGUACAUUGCUCAAUAUGCGACAGCUGCGUGGAGAUUAUGGACCACCAUUGCCCUUGGGUGAGCAACUGUGUGGAGUCGAUUUUUAUUCAGAGACAAAUGGACUUGAAUCUAGUGAUGCUAUUAAAGAAGCCUUUAUUUAGCAUCCAAUGUCAUUACCAAUAAUUGUUUUUUGCUUUGUCGCCUUGCUUGGAGUAUCUGUCCUGCUUUUCUAUCACUACAAAAUAACGCUUGAUUAUGCGACAACUCAUGAAGAACUAAAGGGUAUAUUCUCAGGCUAUAUUUUUCAUCCAUUCCAUGCUUUAUCAUCGCUGAAGAAUUUUAAAAACAGAAUUAUAUCAAUAAAAUACUCAAAAAUCCCCUUAUUUUAACCUUCAAAACCAGCACCAAGCAAUUCUGACAAAGCAGGCUAUUAAGGCGCAGGGUGCCAUGGACUGCAUAAAUCCUCAUUGGCUGAAAAGGCAACAGUCGGAUCUCACUCAGAAGAAUUCAACCUCAUAUCAUAAGUAGGCAACGCCUAGAGGUAGGAUCACAUGAAUAUAGGUAUAGUGAAGAAUAGAGAUAAAGUAGAAGAUGAUUUUGAUAAGUUAGAAUCUUUGUUAGAGGAUGAAAUUAAUAACCACAAAAAGCACAUAGACGAUGCUGAUUUAAAGAAGUCAAAUGUGAGAGUCAAAGGUCAGUUGUCAAUAGAUAUAUUAGAGUCUAGGAGACAUUCAAACGGAGCCAUAGAUACUUAGAUGUCGCCUUCAGUUAGACUAGGAGGAGUUACUGGAACAUUCAGGGAAAGCAUCGUAACACAAAACUUGGAAAAUGACUACAAUUAAUUAGCGGUUAUUAAAUCUGAUAGAGAACUAAUUGAGUCGUAAGAAGUCAACAUAGAAAUUAUAUCUUCAUGCUCUUCUGGAAAUAAAAAUAACUACUAGAUUAAUUAUUUGGAGUAAUCACCUCCUAGAAUACUACUAAAGUAAUAGAGUCUAGCAAAUAGUUUGAUGAAAUAAGCUGUAUGCUAUUAAGAAGACUAAUAAGAAGAAGAAAUGCCCAACAGAAAUAUGGAAUUGAGUGCUAGUCAGAAUCUUUCCCGCUACUCUUAGAGCAGUCGCAAGAGUCGCAAACUGCAAAGAGUUCAGAACUAGAACAUCCAUCCUAAUUAUUACAGUAGCGCUGCAGGAGGAAGUGGCCUUUAAGAUCCAAUGAAUUCCAUGUACCCCUUUAUGCAGAAUUAGUACUAUAACGGGUAGGAAAUAAUUCAUGACACAAAUGAAUCCAAGGAGUUCGAAUUCUUGGUUGAAAUAGAUGAAAAAGAUAAUAACACCCACUCUUCUCACAGAGGUGGAUUCAAUUACGACAAAGAAAACCAAUCUGAAAAUGUAGUAUCUCUAAGAUCUAUAAAUAAAUAAUUCGCAAAGGAUCAAAUUAUCAGGUAGUCGCAGCCAUUCAAUCAAAUGGAUUAUAAGUAUCAUAAUAAUGAUGAACAGUAUUCACUUGCCUACAAGAAUGGUAAUUAAUUCUAGAUUGAAGAGGAUGAAUUUGAAGGCCGUGGAUCUUAAACACAGUAGUACAAAAAUCCUUUCGAGAUAAAUGUACAGACUAACAAUCAAUAAAGAGUGAGCUAGCCCUUCAGCGCUUUAAGGGAUAUAUCCAAGAAAUAUAUAGAAGGCGACAAUGUGAGUAGGCACUAGCAGCACUGA